CAUCUUCACAUGCGCCUUCCAUGCUGCCACGCGCACCCCACUUCCCGCUCUUCGACAUCCAAACUUCAUCUCUCUAUCACUGCAUCAAACACCCAAACAUCUACAUUCUCCAGCAACAUAAGACAUGGCCGCUCCCAAUGGAAACCCCAUCACCUUCUUCGAUGUCACGCUCGGAGGCGAGCCUUUAGGCCGCAUCAAGAUGGAACUCUUCGCCGACGUUGUCCCCCGCACCGCUGAAAACUUCCGCCAAUUCUGCACGGGCGAGACUAAAGAUCACCUGGGCAAACCGCUGGGCUACAAAGGCAGCAAGUUCCACCGCGUCAUCAAAGAUUUCAUGUUGCAAGGCGGAGACUUCAAGAAUGGAAAUGGCACAGGAAGUGCGACUAUCUAUGGAACCGAUAAGUUUGCCGAUGAGAAUUUUGAUAGGAAGCAUGACGGACCAGGCAUUCUGAGUAUGGCGAAUUCUGGACCUAACACGAACGGAAGCCAAUUUUUCAUCACGACUGUCGCAACGCCACAUUUGAAUGGCAAGCACGUUGUCUUUGGCAAAGUCGUCGACGGCAUGGAUGUUGUGAGGAAGAUUGAGAAUGUGCGAACCAAGAGUGAUGCUCCCGUGCAGGCUGUCGUUAUUUCCCAAUGCGGGGAGAUGUGAGGACGCUCACGUUCGAAGUCAGAACACACUGGUUUAGCGUCACGACCUUGAUGGAAGUUCAAAUAUACCGGCUGCCCAGUGAUGCAUAACCUGCGGCACACUUAAGAACAACAGAGCUCACAGAUGACCGUGGUAACGAUCUAUUGAGAGCUGCGGGUGGCUAUCAACUACCAGGCUGCGUUAGCAUAUAAGGUCCAACUGCCCUGCAUGCUUACCGCGAACGAGAUUCGAUGAUGAGUAUUCAAGGCUGGGCUACCAUGUCCCUCGUCUUGCUGCAUAUUCUAGCAAUAAAGGAAGACGUUCAUACACGAGAACGACCUAACGUAGACGAAAAGCCGAGACCAUCCAAGCGGAGAUUUGUCGUUGACUGGACACUGAAAAUGAGUAUCGGAGCUGGUCAUCUGAUUGUGAUAUAGUCUCCAGAAACUCAAAAUUACCAAUUAGUAAAAUGGGAGAAGGCGGACAUGAAUACUCACCGAAACCGAUCUUCUCAU